AUGUCUGGCGACCAACAGCAAACUACAAAAAGGCCAAAGAAGGAGUCUAUUAUUGACUUGACACGCUAUCUUGACAAGCGGAUACGGGUAAAGUUUACUGGUGGUCGCGAAGCAACUGGCAUUCUGAAGGGAUGUGACAACCUUCAAAACAUGGUCUUGGACAAUACAAUCGAGUACCUCCGUGACCCUGAAGACCACACGAGACUCACGGAGGACUCCCGCGAACUAGGUCUAGUAGUUUGCCGGGGACCAUCUGUCGAGCUUGUCUGUCCGGCUGACGGCAUGGAGGCGAUAUCAAAUCCUUUUGUACAGCAGGAGUAG